AAUUGUACAUGAAACUAAGUUGGCUGAAUACUUUACACUAUAGAAAACAAAAAUAAACCAAAAUUCAUGCGAUUGCUGUCGUAAAAGUGUGAAAUUCUUAGACUUAAAGGUCUUUGUUUUCUUUUUAUUCUUUCUUAAAAGCGCAAAACCUCAAUAAACGACUCAUUCACCGUCAAAGUGCUCUAAACUCGCAACUAACAUGGAUAAUUAUGGGAACCGUAACAAAUAUCAGAACACUAAAAACCAGUCAAAGAACUUCAGAAACGUUUCGCGAUCUCACGACGACGAAAUGCACCAGGAAAGGGAACGCAAUGACGACUACUACACAAGAAAGUCCAAAAAACCCGACCAAUGCUAUCAACAACAACAACAACAACAAAAUCCAGGAAGUAAAAGUGAAAAGAAUCGCUAUGAGCGCUCUUACGACAAUCGGCAAUCACGACAAGGCUCAGAACCACGAAAUAACAACUAUCCCUCCAAUCAUGAUUCACAGAAGAAUAAUUAUAAUAACGUUGAUAGAAAUCGUGAUACUCGCAGCUCUGAACCCGGAGGCAACAACUUUGAGCACCGCAAUAAGCCACCAUCGGGUCAGGUGCGUUCCACCAACCCAACAUUUUCACGUCUUCCAAAUAACAUUGACAUUCUGCCACCGAGACUGAAACGGAAAUACUUAAUUGAAGCAGGAUAUUCUGAAGAUUUACUGGACAAGCCAAUGACAGAUUUGACGCAACAAUCAUACUCAAACACUCUGCCAACGGGACGAGGUGGUCGAAAUAAUCGUUAUGAUCAGCAAAAUUAUCAUCAACAGAAUUACCAAAACUCCUAUCAAUCGAAAUACAAUAACCAGAAUCGAGGAUAUCAACAUGAUCAUCACGAAGUUAAUAACCGUUCAUUAACGCCACCCCCAUCAAAAGGUGCAUCACGACAACAGCAACAACAACAUCAUCAAAAGCCACCACCACCUCAACCUCGUUUUGAGUGGAAAUCCAAUGAUAUUCAAAGACGUGAAGACACUAGUCCAGCUAAUAACAACAACACCAACAUUGCAACAACGAAAGUUGAUGAUAUAAAUUUUGAUUGGAGUGAAGAUGUUCUAAAUUCACAAUCACUUCCUCACGAAGUUAAUUCAAGACAAGAACAUCAUCGGAAUAGAAACAGUCGAAGACGAAAUAGAAGAGCUAAGAAAGGAAUUGCUUCAUCAAGUAAUGGAAGUGUUGAACGGUCAGGAUAUAAUUCAAAUGAUAAUUACGGAGGAAACUUUAAAAUGCCUUUUCCGAAAAGUGGAAAGAAUCAUCGGCAACGUCGUAACAGUCAAUCGUCUUAUAACAGCCGUGAGAAUAGCAUGGAACGAGGCUAUGGUUAUGGAAGCCGAGAAAACAGUUUGGAUCGACGACAGCCGAGAAGGAAUCGGUAUAAUGGAAGACGUGGCAGUGAUUAUCAAUCAAGUCGUGAAAAUAGCACUGAACGUUAUGGCAACAACAAUUGGCAACGAAAUGAUUCGUUGGGGAAUCUUCGUGAAAGUGAAAAUCAAUCUUGGCGUGGAAAUGACGAUCUGUUAAGUCAUCGACUCAAUAUGAGCAGUAAGACUGACCAGAAAAUUGCUGAACUAACAAAGGAAUUUGCAAACUCUGUGGAAUUAAACAAAUCCAGUGAACAGCGGACACUCUUCGAUCCCAAAAAUCCAUCGAAGCCAAUUUAUGUACAAAACAAUCAAAAUCGACCCCGUGACUUCAAUGUGCCUGAUGCCAAUGAACAUUACACUGAUCACCAACAAGACCUCAGCACAACAAAGCCUACGUGGAUGAUAAAAACAUCACUUAAAUAUAAGGAAUUUAAAAAUAAAUUUCUCAUUGAUGAACUCAAUCGACUUGACGAUCAACUCAUGAUGGUGAUUGAAGGUGGAGAAUUGUUGGAACGUUGGAAUGGAUUUAAAGAGGUGCAAGGAAAGAUUCAAACAAUCUUUGAACAUCUUCUUGAGAAUGAUAUGAGAUUUUGUCAACAAGAACAUGUUGAACAUUACUUCUGGAAGAUUUUAUUUUAUCGUGUGAUUGAAUUGUUGCGUAAAGAAAUUUUAGAAUCUGAUGAGAUGAUGAAAGUUAAAUAUAAAGAACGUGCUUUAGAAACGGUUGAUUAUGGAACCAAAUAUUUGGAAUCUUUACUUAAGAAACUUGAAACUCGUUACAAGUUUCAGCUUGAAGAUUACAUUGGAGAAAAUGCAGCUUCAUUUCAAAGUGGUCUCGGCUUCGUUGGACUUGCUUUGGUCUCAUCACAAAAGAUUUUCCUCUUCCUUGGUGAUUUAGCGCGUUAUCGUGAGCAAAUAAAUCAAACGAACAAUUUGGGACGUGCGAAGAACUUUUAUAUGAAGGCACAACAAGUAGUGCCAAAGAAUGGGCGACCUUUCAAUCAACUUGCAUUGCUUGCUGUUUAUUCUAAACGUAAAAUUGAUGCUGUUUACUUCUACAUGAGGAGCUUGAUGUCAUCGAAUCCUUUUCAACCUGCCAAGGAAAGUCUCGUCGCAUUGUUUGAUGAGAUUCGUAAGAAGUACAAGGCUUUGUACGAAGUUGGUCAACGUAAACGAGAAGAGAAAAAUCGUCUCAGAUUGAAGGAGAAAGAGCAUCGUUUUGAUGGAAAUUUGAGGAAAGAAACUUGGAUCCAUCCUGAAGACGGUUGUAGAGUUCAUCGAACUGCACCACUUGAUCCUUCAAUGAUUGGACCAGGUGACAGUAGCGAUGAUGAAGAGUUGCAACAAAUGGAUCCAUCUGAGUUAAACAAACGUUUUGUGAUAUCUUUUUUGCAUGUUCAAGGAAAACUCAUCACACGUAUUGGAAUGGAUUCAUUUCAAACUUGCGCCAUUCUUAUGCUUCGUGAGUUCCGUGCACUUCUUCACAUUUCACCAAUAACUAUCAACUCUCAUCGUCUUCUGCAAUUGAUUUCUCUCAACAUGUAUGCUAUUUCUUGCAACGAAUUAAAAGGCUCUUCAUCAACACACGAUGCAUCAUUGCAAGCGAGGUCUGAGGUUCAGGAAUGUGCCAUUGCUGUUGGACUUCUCAUGUUUGGUAUAAUUCUUGAGCGUUUCAUUGAAGUGCUGAAAGAAUCUUUGAACAUUAUUACUCCUGUGGUGAAUCUCAGCAGUGAUCUUCGCAAAAGUGUGGACAACGACACAACGAAGGACAACAAAAGUAGCGAACCCAAAAAAAUCUUAACACUUAAUGAAGAUUCUAAAGUUAUGUUGCCAGCUAUCAAAGCAUGGUGCGACUGGAUGAUGUUUCAAGUUAAAGUUUGGAAUCCGCCUCCGUUUUGCUCCGAUUAUAAAAUUGGGAUUGAACUCAAUAAAACUUACGAUCUUUACAAUUUUUCUUUUCAAUCAUCAAGUGCUAUAAGCAGUCACGAUCCAUGGAACGGACUAGCUACUUUAAUGACGCUUCUAGAGACCAUUGUUGAUACCAACAAAGACUAUUUAUCAUUGCAACGUGAAAAAGAUUAUAAGCUGGUGAGAUUACAAGAAGAUGUGACAUUGGCAGGUUUUACUCCGCUUAAGAAUUACACGCCUGAUCCAAUUUUCUGUCGUUGUGAUAUUGACAUAGAAAUAGCCGAGAACGCUCUACGAAUGCAAAAAUUGAAAUACUUUGGAAUGAACUUUCUCUGCGAAGAUCGCCAAUUGGAUCAGAAAAUUCUUAAAAAGAUUAUCACGCCAAGUGGAAGAAUUGAAUAUGUUAGCAUCGUUCAAAAUCGAACUGAAAGCGCAAGCGAUACAGAAAUUCUAAUAGAGAGUUUUAGUGACGAAGAUAAUGAAGACGACAGUAAGAAAGUUGAAUCAAAUGGCAAAAGUAGAGUCAAUGAAUCGUUGGAUCUCAAGUCACAUCACGAUGCUGCUGAAAUUCGAAGACUUUUACGACGAAAGGAUGAACUCGAACGAAAGCAAAAAAUGGAAGAGAAAUACAAUGAACGCUUGCAGGACAUUCUAAGCCAAAGUACUGUGGCAUUGCAUAUUGAAGUUCAUCCACGCUACCUUAUUCCAGACACUAACUGCUUUGUUGAUGAUUUGAUUUCGAUAAAAGCAAUCGCUAGUGCACAUCCAUUGUACCAACUCAUGAUUCCAAUUACAGUCAUUAAUGAGCUUGAGGGACUGAGUCGAGGAAUUAAGCCGUUGACACCAACGGCAAUCGUUGUAUCUUCGCUGAGUCAACACUCAACACCAAGUGUCGCAUCUUCUCGCAUCGGAAAUCGCAAUGAUCCACAGCAUGCAGCGUUUGUUGCAAAAGCAUCAAAAGACGCUUUAACAUUUCUCAAGUCAAAAAAUCCUGCUGUGAAAUGCGUCACUACGAAAGGUUCGAUGAUAAACUCAGCAAUAUUUACAAGUGAAGACGGUCCCAAUGAGCACAAAUCAAACGAUGACAAAAUUCUCGACACUGCGCUUAACUUAUGCAAGAAGAAUGUUGAAGAGAAAAAAGGCGAAGUUCGUCAUCUUGUUCGGGAAGUUGUUUUGUUGACCACAGAUCGCAACUUACGUGUCAAAGCAUUGACAAAUGACAUCCCUGUUCGUGAACUUCCCGACUUCAUUAAGUGGGCUGGACUUGGAACGAUCGACUGAUUGAACAACAAGCCAUCAUCAACACUAAUAAUUGUAGCAUAAAUUAAUCUCCUUUGUUAAAUUUCUACUGAAUAAUUUUCCGCGAUAAUUUUUUUAUUUUAAAGUUCGCAAGCAUGUGUUUGUUGACAGCAACAUAUUUUCUAUUAAAAAGAUUUGAACAGAAAGAUUCUUUAUCAGUUCCGUACAUUGUGUACGAUUUCAAGGUUUUUCAUUCACAAUCUUUUAAAAAGUGGAAGUAAAUGUUUCCACAAAAAGAUUUUUUUUUCGUCUAUUGUAAAUAACAAGCGAGAUGAUAGUUUAAUUAACUGUUCGAUUAGUGGACAAUGUUUUUACCCAAUGAAGGACAAAAUUCAUUGUCGAAUGUCCUUUAUACUUAAUUGCCUAUUUUUUAGCAUAAUUGAAGAUGGAAACAUGUUUUAUAUCAACUGACGAUUAGGUUUAGUAAGAUUUUAAAGUUUUUACCAACCAAACUACAACUUUUUUCGUUUAUUAAUUUUUUUACAUAUUUGUACUCAUUUUUAUAACUUUUUUUCCUAAAUUUUCAUUCUUUGUUCAAUUCUGUUCUGUUCUUUAACCAAUUAAUGAAAUUGUUAAAAGAUGAAAGCAAAACUUUGUUCUUUGCAUGAAAAUUAAUGAAAAAAUAAAUGAUAAAGAUAUUCUAUUAUAAAAUUUUGAAUAAAGAGAUGAAAAAAAUAAAUAAAUUUAAAAGUGG